CGAGUAAAGCUAAGUGGGCUUUAUUCAAUGGGCUUGGACUGUCAUUUGGUUACAAAAAAAAACAGAUCGACUCGCUUCACCUUUCUUCCGGUCUGAGAAAAUAUAGGGUUUCAGAGGUUUCCGACACAAACAAACAAUAAUGGCGAACCAUAUAAUCUCUGGCUUCAAAGAAACCGCUGAGUCUAUCACCGGAGCAGCUCGCCCGUGGCGCGACUUCCUAGAUCUCUCCGCAUUCAGCCUCCCGUCUUCCGUCGCCGACGCCACCACGCGCGUCACACAGAACCUCGCCCAUUUCCGCGUCAAUUACUCUUUCAUACUCUUAUUCCUCCUCGUUCUAACCCUAAUUACGCACCCUAUCGCCAUCCUCGCAUUCAUCGCCGUAGGACUCGCCUGGUUCUUCCUCUACUUCGCUCGAGAGGAUCCUCUCACGAUUUUCGGCUUCUCCGUCGACGACGGCGUCGUAGCGGUGCUUCUAAUCGGUCUGACGAUCGCCGCGCUCGUCACUACCGGAGUUUGGCUGAAGGCUCUCUCCACCGUCGGAUUCGGCGUUCUGUUUGUGAUCCUGCACGCUGCGCUAAGAGGAACGGAAGAUCUAGUGGACGAUCUGGAAUCACCGUACGGGCCCAUGCUCUCCGGCGUAGGCAGCGACAAUGACGGCGCGCGUGGAGAUUACAGCGGUAUAUGAUCGAUUUCUUCUCUGGCUCAAACGAAUUUGGUGAUCUAGGGUUUUUGUUCCUUUCUGAAUUCGUCGUGUAAAUCUGAAUUGUUGUGCCAUUACCCCGAUCGUUGAAGAAAAUGGAUGGUUCAGUAGAACAAACCGUUUCAAAAUUGAAGCAAAUCCAAACCGGUUAUCUGAAUCUCACCGGUUUACGAUGUA